CUGAGUACUCAUCAAAGCAAGUACGCUAAAAGUGCCCGGAUGUGUUCUUGCUCCUUCUGCGGACUUGGGCAAGCUAUGUUUCCCAUGAUGCACCGCACUACCAGCAACGGUCAAUGGAGAAGGCGGUUCAACUUGUCUUACCUGUUGAGGUAUGCAUGUCUGUCUGAUGCAGAACUUGAUGAUAUGGUCCGGCAGUUGGUUGGAGAAAAUAAAGAAAUAGGAGCAAAUGCUGUUUUGGCCAGACAAGCUGCUAUGGGUGUUCACGUGCAGAGAAGAAGGCAUGUACAUUGUGUGGCAAGAGUUUAAACGGAGAAGACAGCAGCAGCCAGCACCCAUCAGAGUAUCCACCGUCUCUAUGGAUGCCACAAACGGGAGAAAUGGUCCUUCUGAGACACCUUCCUGUCUCUUCUUGUUUACAUCAACCACACCGAAAAGACAGAGCCGUUGUCACGUUUCAUAUAUUUAUAUCUGUUGCACUCAUAAUCAUCUCAGCCUGAUAUUUCUUUGUAUUCUUGUUAAAUUUAUUUAAUGCCUUUCUGCACAAGUAAACGGUUAACUGUACACAGACGUCAUAACAGUUGGUUGAGUCCAAGUCCAGGUCUUCUCUUUCACCUCUCAAGCAACAUGCUAUUGUGGGGAAAUGCCAGACUUUAUAUCAUACAUGUCCUCUUUACAGAUCAGAAAAUUUGCUAAAUCCUGCAACUGAGCCCUCUAUGGCAUAUGGGAUAGCUGUAGGGGCCACUUUCACUGUUGGGAUUUACAGGGUCUGGACCUAACCAUAUGAAAACAAUAUGGCCCUGCAAUAAAUGUUAUGUUUAUGAAGGACAUAUUAUAAAUCGAUUGGUGUCUUUGAAACGUCAUGUCUAUAAAUUAAAAAGUCUUUUUCAUGAUUGUCUAGUUUUGUGGGUGUUUUUGAUGUUUAUGAUAUAUCAAUUAAGUCUCAGUCUAUCUUAAAUUAUGUUAACAUGGUUUCCCACCCCAAGCACCUGGUUAAAAUCAGGACAUUGAUAUCUAACAUUUCAUCAGGAUUAAGUAUUCCCCCUGCUGGACAAACCUGCAUUCAAUAAAAUGGUCCAUAUCCUACACAAACAUUUAGUGAGUGCAGCUGUUGUAACUUUGCAGCCACAAAAUGUAAUGAUCUAAAGCUAAAUGAUUGGUGUAAAAAGCAAGAAUGUCCUGUGUGGUUUUUUUGGGCGCGGGGGGCUUUGUUGCAAAAGAGACAGUAGUGGAGCAAAAUGAGGUAAGUUAUCUUUAUGAAAAUAAUUUAUAACUUUACAAUUUAUUUUGUCAUAAAACUGCAAUCCAAAUAUUACAUUUUGAUACAUAGUAUCAUAGUGGCAAGCAAAACCCCCUCUGGCUGACAGAAAUGAUUUAACCCUGCAACUCAGCAGCCAAUGGGAAAGUACCACGCUCACUGCUUCAAACUGGACAACUGGCCAAAUGGCUCAGAAUCACAUGAAAUUAACACGUAAACAACACGUUAAUGAUGUGUAGUCAACAUGUUAACGCGCAAACCACAUGAAGGCAACCUAAGGUUACGUGUUAAUGUGUUGUCAAGUUAUCAGAAGUCGCGUGUUUUUAAACUAGUUGGCUUUCGUGGCACUAUUUGCCACUUAUUGGAUAAAAAGAGUGGGCAGAGCCCUGCUUAAUUUGAGAAAAUGCCGUUUUAGAUGGCGUAAAAAAUGUCACAAAGUGGUGAAAAUAAUGGCGUUUUCUCAGGACAUUGAACACCGUCGGGCGUAAAAAGCACCAUUCAAUUACCAGAAAAAGGCAAUUUUGUUUUUGGCGUUCAACAGGCGUUCUUAAAACGUAGUAUUAAACAGCGCUUAAUGGGAUUUUUGCUGUAUUUUACGUCGUCCUGACUUAUAAAACAGCGUUUGGGACAGUUGGCUUACCAUAUUUACGGAUUAGAACAGCGCGUUAAUAUACAGACGAUUUUGACCCAAGUUGUCUUUAGUGUGACGCGCCAUACGGUGACGUCAGCCCUCCUUUGAAGUUAUUUUAUGACGAUAACGCUAUUUGAGUUGAGUACUUCACUUAGUGGAUAACUCAGGUUAGUGGAUAACGGUGCUUUUUAUUGAGGAUGUAAGAGAAAUAAAUUAUUUGUUCCAGCAAGGCUUUUCUGUGUUGAAAUUAGGACAGAUUUGACAACAUGUGUUCCUUUGUACAAUUUAUUGGGCUGGGAUUUUUUAAGUCCAGUGAAUCCAAACCAAACCUCAGCUUCCCAGUCCAGCUGAACGCUGACCUAAAUGGAGGGCCAAUGAGCAGAGUGGACACACUGAAAACAGCAAAUGUUGGAGGCAAAACUGCAUCACCUCCAAUACAAACUGAAUUUAAUGCUGUCCAAAUCGAUUUAUCUACAUUCAAAAUGGAGGAAAUGUUCCAAAACUCUAGAAACAACAGGCUUCCUCAGAGUCCUGCAGGGUCAACGGGCCCGAUCUUGUCCUCAACCAGUUACUGGAAUUCAGACAAAUACAAACUUAAGAAUAGAUUUCCACUCUUCUUGGGUGUUUGCCAACCUGUAAGUUAUUCUCAGGUUUCAGAGGAAAUGGCCAGGAGGUAUUUAAACUCUGAUUACUCUAUUAAUAGUUCUCACACGCUGAAAGAGAUGAUAGACGUUCCAGCAAAAGCAGUAGCUGAUAAUGCUAUGGGAAUCAAAGCUGUCAUGGAAAAGAAGGCAGAUGAUUUUUUUUCAAACACAAAUGAAGUUUUAGUCGCUACACCAGCUGCAGAAGGGAAAUGUGAAAGAUAUUCAGCCCCACCUUCAGCUCACAUAAAAGGCAGAACCAGAAAGGUUGUGGGGACACCCAGAAUCUUCACAAAUGCUCCGAAUCAACAUGAUUGCUUCCACACUUUAAGAGGGUUGCCCUGCCUUUACAACAAGCAGCAAGAUCACCCAUUCAUGAUUCCUGGGAGGAAUUUGAAUGCAGAGAAGCUUAAACAUGUUGAAGCUACCAACCCUUCUCAAACUUACAAAGAAACAACCAGUGAGAAUUAUAAGGCAAUGGAUGCAGAGCCAUCAAGUAAUUCUGGAGAAUUGGAGGACCAACAAACUGCAGCAGAGACUAGAAACCCGAGGGAUGAGCUUCAACAGAAAACUGACAGGCUGACUUUAAUACAAAAGGCACACCUGGGACAAUGGCAGUUGGUGAACAAGUCUCUUUCUGACCUUAUGUGUGUUGCUCUUUGUCUGGUUCAGCCUCGAAGUGACAGAGACAACGAUAACCAGCAAAUGCCCAUGGUUGAAAUUGAACCAGAACCUCAGAGACGCCAUAUUAUUGGUCCGAUCUUGAGAAGGCCAUGCAGGGUUUUCAGAUAUGCUGGAGCUACUUUUGGAAAUAUUUGCAGAGGAAUGUCACCAUUUUUGCAGCAAGCUGGAAGACCAAUAGUAGCUGCAUUUCAAACAGCCAGAACCAGAAUUGCUGGUUUCUUUGAAAUAACAAUUAUCAUAGAUGGUUUGCUCGAAGUUAGAGAUGGGAUUAUCGAGUUUUGGAAUGAGGUUUUAGAUGACGUUAUAGUUACAAUUUGCCUAGUAUCUUUACAUAUAGAUUUUCUUUCAUUCAAAUUGCUUAUGCAUUAUUGCAUUCUAUUUCUCCUAUUUCUCCAUGUGUAUAAUUAUUAUAAUCAACAUGUACGUCCAUAUGUUGUUUAACAUUUUUACUUUUCCUGUACAAUUUGUGUUGGCCCUUAAUACAUGUUCUUCAAGCUAGACAAUGCCAGUAGCUAUACCUGACAGUCCUUUAGUUCUGAUUUUAUUCUGGAUAUAGUACAUAGCUGGAUAUAAUAUACAGGUCCUUCUCAAAAUAUUAGCAUAUUGUGAUAAAGUUCAUUAUUUUCCAUAA